UCGGCGCGCAAUUUGUCCUCGGCGACUGCGUCCAUUGGCGGAAGGAUCUGAUUAGAGCAGCGCAGUGUGUGUGAUGCGGUAGCUACUCGCUGCCGCUGCUGCAGGAGGAAGGACCGAACCUCUACCAGCACCACCUUUCAGUUUCGCCUUCAAAUUACACCGACCGGCUCCGCCACACACAGAACACCGACUGAAUUAUCACCCCAAGGCGUCCUUUAUUACGACACCCGAGGGACUGGCCGCGUCUAAAUUAAAGAAGCGCCGUUUUAAUCGAGUAUAAGUCUGGUUUUGUGUGUUUUUGACAGCAGUAACAACACAACAAUGGCUCUGAAAAGAAUCCACAAGCAACGUGCACUGCAGAUGUUUGAGGAAGGGGAUCUGGACAGGAGCUGCAUGAUUUGGGCCGUGACCCACCUGCUCAGUGUUCAGCAGGCCCAGUAGGGGAUGACAUGUUUCACUGGCAGGCCACGAUAAUGGGACCAAAUGACAGUCCUUACCAGGGUGGAGUGUUCUUCUUGACCAUACACUUUCCCACAGAUUAUCCCUUCAAACCGCCAAAGGUUGCAUUUACCACAAGAAUCUAUCACCCAAAUAUAAACAGCAAUGGCAGCAUCUGUCUGGAUAUUCUGAGGUCACAGUGGUCACCGGCACUCACUAUUUCCAAAGUUCUCCUGUCCAUCUGCUCCCUGCUGUGUGACCCCAAUCCGGACGACCCCUUAGUACCCGAGAUCGCCCGCAUUUACAAGACUGACAGGGAAAAGUACAACAGAAUAGCUCGGGAAUGGACACAAAAGUAUGCAAUGUAGUUUUGGAGUUAGAAUCAUGAUGGGAGAAAAUUACACCUCUCCAUCUUAAGGUUAGGGGAGAUUUUGAACGUUCAAAAGAUUAAAAAAAGAAAAAAAGCUUAAGAAAAAAAACAGAUCUUGUUGGUUUCCAUUGGAGUGCUUUCUUUAAGCCACGCCUCCCCUCACCAGAGCACCUCCCCCCACUCUUAGCCCUCUGGCAGCCAUGGUGUACAUACUGAAAUUUCAACUGUAGCCCCUUUUCCUCCCCAAAUUCAAACCUCCACUCCACAGCUCCUGCUUUACCUUCAUCGUUGCUAUAGCAGUGUACCCACUGCUUAGGAUCAGUCCAUAUAAAUUUUGCUGUAGAAGAUGUUUAUGGCUCUAAAAGCAUUCCUUGUUGUUUUUAAGAACUGGGAAGGGAGGGCUAUAUUGUUUUUUUUUUUUUUUUUUUUUUUUCUCCCUGCAAUUUGUGAUCGUCUGGACGUAGAGAGAUGUGUUUUUUUUUUUUUAGAGUUUACUUUUUCAUUUCCAUUUCCUGGGCUUCCAACUGUUCAUUGGAUCAGGAAGAUUUUUCCUUUCGUUUUUUAUUUCUUUACUGCAGUGAAGGGAGGGGUAUGUUGGUUGUCUUUUGUAUAAAAAUCUAAGGAAUUCUUUUAAAAUCAUAGCAGUUAAAGGAAAAUGGACCUCCUGUCUUCUCCUCUGGAGUAUUAUAAUGGACUUGAGUGUGUGUGUGUGUGUGUGUGUGUGUGUGUGUUUCCAUUUGCCAUUACAAAGACUGUCUCUACCCUUUUCUUUAACCAUGACCAACUUCACAAACAUUCACCAUCAUGGAGGGUUUUGGACCAGUUAUUUAAAGAAGUCUAUAAAAUGCUCUUACUUUUUUUGUUUUUGUUUUACCCUCUCUCUUUCCCCCAACCCACCCUUGUAACUCUUAGGUUGGAUUUUUUAUUUUUUUUUUUGAUGUUUUUUCCCCCUUUUUCUUGCUCUUGUUGAAUUAGAUGCUAACAUGGUUCAGCCAGACUCGAUUGGGUCCCUGGGUGGGAGGACACAAACUCCUCACAGACAAACUUCUGUAUAUUUAAUUUCCUGACAGGCUCGUUGAGCUUUGUGUGUUGAUUAAAACUGUGUAAUAAAAUGAUUACUAAAGUCUGAAA